ACGGAGCCUGCUGUGCCGCUACCCAACCAUCCAUGUUUUCCUGGGGAGAUUCAAAGGUUUGCCAGCAAACAGACCAAGCUUCAGUCAGAGGCUACCCUGGCCCUGGCACAGGCAUCCACCAUGGCUCGAAUGCAACUGGAGGUGGACAAACAGACCAAAAAGAAAUCACCUAUAGCAGACAUGGUGGGCAUACCUGACCUGGGCAGUGGCCGGAGAUUACAUCUGACCACAAGCAAGCUGCAGGAGAUGAAUAUAGCCCAGCUACAAGUUUUGGUCAACGACCUUCAUUCACAGAUAGAAUUGCUAAACGAAGAUCUAGUGCACCUGCUGAUAGAAAGGGAUGAUCUGCACAUGGAGCAGGACUCAAUGCUGGUGGACAUAGAGGACUUGACCAGCCACUGCCAUGACCCAUCAGCUACGAAUAACAACAAAAGUACCAUCAAUAACAACCGACCAGCAAGCCACAGAGAGCGACGCACAUAA